AUGGCACCCGUAAGAUCAAGCUAUAACGACAUAAGCUUCAUACAAGUAACACCUGGGCAAGAACACGACGAUGACGAACAGACCAAAAAAUUGCGUAAGGCUACUGCCAUGCGUAAUAUCGUAAUCGAACCUCUUGCCUCCGUUCCAUUUCCCCCGGAAAUCAGCGUGGACGAUUUGGUAGAAUCUCCCAAAAACUCGAAACAAAAAUUUAAGUCCCCCAACCGAUUUUUUAUAUUCCGAAAGGCCUACUGCAAGGAAAUGAUUCGACAAGGCAAACGAUAUCCACAAGCCAUGCUUUCAUUAUAUGUCGGUGAUCAUUGGAAACGACUCCCGGAAGAACAGAAAGAAUUUUAUAACAGCUUUGCGGAAAAAGUCCGAAUUUUAUUUAAAGAAAAAUACGGUGCAAUCGCCUGUGAUGAUAAAGGUCCUUCGAGAUCUACUAACAAAGUCUCGAAAAAAGUUAAGAAACGUCAAGAGCGUAAGUGGAAACAACCACGACAUGCCGAAAGUCAUGUGCCGCAAGUGGCAACUCCUCCUCACACAGAUGACGACAUGGCACACUGCUCAUCAUUUGGCGCGCAACUUCCAACGCCGGCACAUCUCUCAACCAGUACAAUAGAGAAUUUCUCAUAUGUUGAACAACCAGCGACACCAAUGGACGAUUUUUUAUCUAGUGUGCAAUUUCCGACAGUAGCAGAUCUCCAAUCCAACACCCAACUUCCGACAUCAGUAUCAACCAUGACUGAACUGGCUCGACAACUCGUAACGCUACUUCAAAUAAAAUGA